CGCAAGAUUGGGGUGCAGGCAGCGCUUCCAAGCCAUCGCCGCGACAGCGAAGACCUACUGCAGCUCGGGCUCGUCGCGCCCGGACCUGUAGCAGCUCUUGACCGUCUUCACCAUCGAUGGCUAGGAGCGCUGCCAGCACCUGUCGACGUCGCGCAACGUGGGCUCAACUCCUACGGCACGAGGAUGGGUCGCUCUCCUCCUCGUCGCUCCUGGAUCGCGCUCUCAGCGCGUCUGAGUGCGCUGCGCAACUUAGUAGAGUGUCGGAGACUCGAGUCUUGGCUUCUACCUGCGCCAUUGCGAUCCUGCGUGGCUCACGCAGCAUCGCGAUGGCUCAGUGCUGCUCUACAUUGUUGUGCGGCGUCCUUCGGCGAGCUCGAGGAGAUCAAGGCGGCAGCGCGCGUGCGUCGGUCGACUAGAAGAAGCUCAAGAUCAAGUCGCUCUCGGCAUCGUCUCUCCGCCAAGUGCAAGCUCUUCGUGUGACGAUGCACCGCCAGCUCGCCGACCGUCUACUCUCGAUGCGCACUCCCUCGCCCUCCGUCCGCCG